AUGGCUGCUGCUACUUCUUGUUCUUCUGGUGUUCUGUUUGGAGCAAGAGAGAAUGGAGCUUUUCUGGGACAGUUUGAUGGCCUUAGGCAAGUGGAGAAAAUGCAUAUGCCUUUAGCUCCCACCAAGUCUCAUGGACUUGUUUCUACUUCAGCGCCAAAAUGUAGAACAAUUAAGGCCAUGGCAUCCCCUGCUCUUUCUGCUCCCAAAAGAGAAACGGACCCCAAGAAAAGAACUGUAAUAACAGGGCAGGGUCUAGUCUCAGUUUUUGGAAGUGACAUUGAUACUUUCUACAACAGACUCCUGGAGGGAGAGAGUGGGAUCACUUUAAUAGACAGAUUUGAUGCUUCAAGUUUCUCGGUUAGAUUCGCUGGACAGAUUCGUGAUUUCUCUUCUAAAGGCUACAUUGAUGGGAAGAAUGAUCGACGUCUUGAUGAUUGCUGGAGAUAUGGUAUAGUAGCUGGCAAAAGGGCCCUUGAAGAUGCCAACCUUGGACCUGAAGCCCUUAAAUCUAUGGACAAAACAAGGAUUGGAGUCAUAGUUGGGACAGGUAUGGGAGGCUUAACAGCUUUCAGCGCCGGGGUAGAGUCUCUUGUUCAAAAGGGUUUCAAGAAGAUUAGUCCAUUUUUCAUUCCUUACUCCAUUACCAACAUGGGAUCAGCAUUGUUAGCAAUAGACACAGGGUUAAUGGGACCAAAUUACUCCAUCUCUACUGCUUGUGCCACUGCAAAUUACUGCUUCUAUGCAGCUGCAAAUCACAUUAGAAGAGGUGAAGCAGAUAUCAUGGUAGUUGGAGGGACUGAGGCAGCAGUUAUGCCUGUUGGUGUUGGAGGUUUCAUUGCUUGCCGAGCCUUGUCUCAGAGAAAUGAUGAACCCCACAGAGCCUCAAGACCAUGGGACAAAAAUCGUGAUGGUUUUGUAAUGGGAGAAGGUGCUGGUGUACUGGUUAUGGAGAGCUUGGAGAGUGCAUUGAAACGAGGAGCGCCUAUAAUUGCUGAGUACUUGGGAGGCGCUGUAACGUGUGAUGCUCAUCACAUGACUGAUCCUAGAUCAGAUGGACUUGGAGUGUCAUCUUGCAUAACCAAGAGUUUAGAAGAUGCUGGUGUUUCCCCUGAAGAGGUGAACUAUGUGAAUGCUCAUGCAACAUCCACCCUAGCAGGAGAUUUGGCUGAGUUUAAUGCCAUCAAAAAGGUUUUUGGGAAGAACACAUCCGAGAUGAAGAUCAAUGGAACCAAGUCCAUGAUUGGACAUGGUCUUGGGGCUGCUGGUGGAUUGGAAGCCAUAGCAACCAUUAAAGCAAUCAACACUGGCUGGCUUCACCCAACAAUUAAUCAAGAUGACUUGGAGCCUGCUGUUACAAUCGACACAGUCCCAAACGUGAAGAAGAAGCAUGAGGUUAAUGUUGCUAUCUCAAACUCAUUCGGCUUUGGAGGACACAAUUCUGUGGUGGUCUUUGCCCCUUAUAACCCCUAA